AUGUCUUAUAAUAUCACAACACCAUUAAAUAAUAAUAUACAAAAUUCAUGUCCUUCAUUAGGACAUUUAAUUGAAAAUAAUAAUAAUAAAAUUUUUGAUAAUAAUAGUAAUCAAUGGAGAUUCUCUUAUCCAUUAGAUUUAAAUAAUAAUAAUUACAAUAAUAAUAAUAAUAAUAAUAAUUAUAAUAAUAUUAAAAAUAAUAAUAAAAAUAAUAAAAUAAAUAAUUGGAAAAAUGGUAUAAUUUCAAAUAAUGGAUAUCAAUCAAAGAGUUGUCCAAAUUUAUUAAAUUCCUAUUCAAAGAAACAACAAAACGAAGAAACAACAAAUAUUGACUUUAAAGAACUAAAUGAUAUGUUUGAACCAAGACCUGUAAGAUCAACAAAAUUAGAAGAAAUGGUAAAAGGAAGAAUUAAAGAAAGAUUAGGAAAAUUAUUAAAUAACGAAAUGAUGCAAAAACAAGGUAAAGCCAUUGGAAAAGGUGCUUCAAUUUAUGAAAAUAAUAUAUCAAAAUCAAAAGAAAGAGCUAGAAAUAUUUUAUCAUUACAACAUCAAUCCCAACCAAAUUUAAGUUCAAUUAUAAUCGUAAAUUAA